AUGACUACUCUUAUGAUGGGUGCCCGUACCUCUCUCCCCAACGCCAACUGUUUCAUCAAGGCCAUAGACGUGUACCUGGGCAUCUGUUUCACCUUCAUCUUUGGGGCGCUGCUGGAGUACGCCUGCGCCCACUUCUGUACCACGCAGCACCAAACCGUAGGAGACAUACACAGGGAGCUCCUUCAGGAGUUUGAUAACUCCAAAGGAAACGGUACCAUGCACAUGGUCAGCUCCAGCCAACCAAAUCAGGUCCUGGAGCUAGGCUCCACCCAAAAGGAUCUUGUUGACCAAUCGAGGAUGAGUGUCAGCGAGGCCGAGGCUACAGAGAAGAAGCCGGGGAAGGGGUGUGGUCUGACGUCGGUUAAGAACGCGGCGCGGCGUGCGGUGUCUGUGUUUAGUGUAGAGAACCCUCACAACAUCGACCGCCAUGCUCGCACCGUCUUCCCCCUCACCUUCCUGGCGGUUAAUGUCUUCUACUGGCUCUACUACCUCUUCAUUUGAUCAGAGUAGCACACAUCCCAUCAUCUGAUCUGAUCAGA